AUGUCUUUGCUCCUGACCUUGCCAUUCGAAAUCCGUCUACAGGUCUGGACCCUCGUCGUCGGCCCUCACACAGUCGAACCAUGCAAAGUAUCCACAACCCGAGACGGAGACGGAGACCGUACAAGGAUCUGCAGACCCGAAAAAUGCGGUCGCGAGAACUUCAACAUCUACACGUGUCUGGAUACCCGGUUGUUGCGCGUCAACCGACAGAUCCACGACGAAGUCCGACCGUUGCUGAUGGGCCUCACUGGAUCGCCGAAAGAGACAACGAAACGCUUUGUCGUCUGCGACGGGGUCUGUCUGGAGAGACUGUUUCUCGGCACGAGGCCACAGGAUCGACGCUGGAUUCGGUAUAUCCAGGUCCGGCUGUUUGUUGGGGAUGCGAGGCCCGAGGUCCUGCUGGCCAAGAGAGGCCACGGGUUGCUGGAAUAUGGCGAAGCUUGUUGUGGUGCUUUUGUGCAGAGUGCGUUGAGCUGUUCGGGGGUGGGAGGGUUGGUGGAUGCAGUUCCGUCGGAGAAGGAGAAGAAGGUCGAAGUCGAGGAAGAUGAAAGAGGACGCAGGACGUUAUGGGUCGACCUGGUUCUGGGGUGA